AUGCCCCUCUAUGCAAAGUUCUUGAAGGAGCUCAUGACAAGAAAAAGAAACUGGGAUGAAAAGGAGACUAUAGUCCUAACUGAGGAAUGUAGUGCCAUCAUACAAAAGAAACUCCCCCAGAAAAUGAAGGACCCAGGAAGUUUCCAAAUCCCCUGCAUCAUAGGGGAUACCACUAUUGAAAAGGCCUUGUGUGACUUGGGAGCUAGCAUCAAUCUCAUGUCCUUGAACAUGAUGAGAAGGAUGAGAAUUGAGGAAGCCAAACCAACAAGAAUGGCACUCCAACUACCUGACAGAACAUUCAAGUUUCCACAUGGAGUGGUGGAAGAUUUAUUGGUGAAGGUGGGAGAAUUCAUCUUUCCAGCUGACUUUGUUGUGCUGGAUAUGGAAGAAUAG